UAGAAGAGCGAAAUGAUGCCUGGAGUGCGAGUAGAGUUGGUGCCAUUUGAGGUUUCCUAGAUAAAGUAGGAGUUGCCUUUCUUCUGCUACCCCAAGUAAUGUCGGUAGCCCCCGUAGAAUGCCCAAGUAUGUUCCUUUUUCCCCAUCAGUGUAGGUGUCCUGGAAGCUGUACCCAUCUCUCACUUCAUUCCUAGUGUCAGUGUAGACUAUUCCGAGGACAGAAAAUGACCCUAGUCUCAUACAAUGGUAGAUUUGGGGUCUUGAGCUACCAGGUGGAUAAUGGGUGCACUACCCAGAAGUCUAACGCUUUGUUCCAUUUCUACCAGUAUGUUCUUAGAUCAUUGAUGGUCACAUUUCUGCCUCCCCAAAGCAUGAUAGGACAAAUGUGAACAGGUGACAUGUGAGUCUCUUUGGGAGCAGCUGCCUGAGUGGAAAUGCUCUCAGUGGUGGAGAAUGGGCUGGAGUCCCGGGCUGCCAUCCCGGUCAUCAAGAAGAAGCUGGUGGGCUCCGUGAAAGCACUGCAGAAGCAGUAUGUGUCCCUGGAUACGGUGGUCACGAGUGAGGACAGCGAAGCAAACACUAUGUGCAGUGCCCUGGAGGCUGUGUUUAUCCACGGCCUGCACGCCAAGCACAUUCGUGCUGAGGCUGGAGGAAAAAGGAAGAAACAUGCACACCAGAAGCCUCUGCCUCAGCCCGUCUUCUGGCCCCUCCUGAAAGCUGUCACCCACAAACACAUCAUCUCAGAACUGGAGCACCUGGUCUUUGUCAACACGGAUGUGGGCCGCUGUCGGGCCUGGCUGAGGCUGGCCCUUAACGAUGGGCUGAUGGAGUGCUACCUGAAACUGCUCCUCCAGGAGCAGGCCCGACUCUGCGAGUACUACCAGCCCACAGCCCUGCUGCGGGAUGCUGAGGAGGGUGAGUUCCUCCUUAGCUUCCUGCAGGGGCUCACGUCCUUAUCCUUCGAGCUCUCCUACAAAUCUGCCAUCUUAAAUGAAUGGACGCUCACCCCACUGGCCCUCUCUGGGCUUUGCCCACUUGCUGAGCUCGAGCCUCUCACUACCUCUGCUGCAGAACUACAGCGGAAGGAGUCUCUGGAUUCAAUUUCCCACUCCUCAGGCUCAGAGGACAUUGAAGUCCAUCACUCAGGCCAUAAGAUCCAGCGGAACAGGAAGCUCACCGCGUCCUCUCUCAGCCUAGACACAGCCAGUUCAUCCCAGCUAUCCUGCAGCCUGAACUCCGAUAGCUGCCUGCUCCAAGAGAAUGGGUCCAAGAGCCCAGACCAUUCUGAGGAGCCCAUGUCCUAUGACUCAGACCCUGGCACAGCAAAUGUGGAUGAUGCGGACCCAUCUCUGCAACAGGUAUUGUCAGAAUUCAGCAAAGCCCAAGUAAACUCGGUGCCAAGCAACAAACCAAGCCUAGAGACGGAGAUCCCCAUGCCACAGCCCUCGCUGUCCUUUGGGCCUGCCACCAGCACCCAGCUGCACUUUGAUGGGCCUGCAGAGCUCCUUCCUGCCCCCGCAUCCUGUAUGACCCAACAUGGUGGCCACAAGCAGGAGCCAUUCCUCCAGGAACCUGGUACCUUGGAUGUGCAACCACCAGGCAUGGCCCAAACUGUCUCUGCAGGGAGCCUGUCAGACCAGCAGCCUUCUGUACCCAUCAGUGCCACAGUCAGCUUGGGGAGUGGCCAGCAGAAGGCCCUGGAGCAUGGCGGAAUUGGAAUGAAGCUCAGGGUUUCCUCCCCUACCAGUCCGAAAAGCAUAAGCUGGAUCUCCGAAGAUGACUUUUAUCGGCCCCCUCAGGAGCACGCUUCACCGAAGGCUUCCGCUGCAGCUUCUUCCCGAGCUACUCCAGAGCCAGGGUCCGCUCUCCACAGGCGUCCUUCUCAAGGGCCUAGAAAGAGCUGCUCUCUGGGGGCCCUGGACAGAGCAUGCGUGCGUUCCCCGGACGGGGAGAACGCCGGAGCAGCCCCAGGACAGGAGCAUAAACACUUUCGGGUGGUGCACCGGAGACAGAUGGGGCUGUCCAAUCCAUUCCGGGGCCUCAUGAAGCUGGGCACCGUGGCCCGGCGGGGGGCCAUGGGCAUCUGGAAGGAGCUCUUCUGCGAGCUGUCCCCGCUGGAGCUCCGCCUCUACCUGAGUGACGAGGAGCGCACCUGCGUGGAGAGCUGCUCCCUGCUGCGAUGCGAGGCUGUGGGGCCGGCCCACAGUGAUGGGCGCUUUGAGCUGGUCUUCUCUGGCAAGAAGCUGGCGCUGCGUGCCUCCUCCCAGGAUGAAGCUGAGGACUGGCUGGACCGUGUGCGGGAGGCCCUGCAGAAGGUCCGGCCUCCGCAGGAGGAUGAGUGGGUCAACAUCCAAUACCCGGAGGAGCCCGAGGACGCCCCUGAAGGCCCUCCUGGCAGCCACCCCUCUCACUCAACUCUGCUGCCCGAGCCUGUGGUCCCCCAGAGCACGAAGUUGGACUGGACGUCAGCCCAGGUUCCGGAGCCAGAUGCUAUCAAAGAGUCCCUUCUGUACCUGUAUGCCGAUAGAACCUGGAUGCCCUAUAUUUUUUCCCUGUCCUUGGAGUCUCUGAAAUGCUUCCGAGUGAGAAACAAUGAGAAGCUGCUCAGUGACAGCCACGGAGUGGAGACCAUCCGAGACAUCUUGCCAGACACAAGCCUUGGAGGCCCUGCCUUCUUCAAAAUCAUCACAGCCAAGGCUGUUCUGAAACUGCAGGCCGGGACUGCCGAGGAGGCCACCCUGUGGAGGGACCUGGUCCGCAAGGUCCUGGCGUCCUACUUAGAGACGGCUGAGGAGGCCGUGACGCUCGGCGGGAGUCUGGAUGAAAACUGCCAGGAGGUGCUGAAGUUCGCCACCAGGGAGAACGGCUUCCUGCUGCAGUACCUGGUAGCCAUCCCCACCGAGAAGGGCCUCGACUCCCAAGGCUGCUUCUGCGCAGGCUGCUCCCGGCAGAUCGGCUUCUCCUUUGUACGACCCAAACUCUGUGCCUUCUCUGGCCUCUAUUACUGUGACAUCUGCCACCAAGACGAUGCUUCAGUGAUUCCAGCCAGGAUCAUCCACAACUGGGACCUCACCAAGCGCCCGGUCUGCCGGCAGGCCCUGAAGUUCCUGGCACAGAUCCAGACCCAACCCCUCAUCAACCUGCAGCUGGUGAAUGCCUCACUGUAUGAGCACGUGGAGCGCAUGCACCUCAUCGGCAGGAGCCGGGAGCAGUUGAAGCUUCUGGGGGACUACCUGGGCCUUUGCCGGAGCGGUGCCCUGAAGGAGCUGAGCAAGAGGCUCAACCACAGGAAUUAUCUCUUGGAGUCUCCUCACAAGUUUAGUGUUACUGACCUCCAACAGAUCGCAGAAGGGGUCUACGAAGGGUUCCUCAAGGCCCUGAUCGAGUUUGCUUCCCAGCACGUCUACCACUGCAACCUGUGCACCCAGCGGGGCUUCAUCUGCCAGAUCUGCCACCAUCAUGACAUCAUCUUCCCCUUUGAGUUCGACACCACUGUCAGGUGUGCUGAGUGCAAGACUGUCUUCCACCAGAGCUGCCAGGACGGAAUGAGGAAGGGCUGCCCCCGCUGUGCCCGCCGUCGCAAGUAUCAGGAACAGAACAGUCUCACCUAACCCCAAGGUGUCCUGAUCCACCCUAGGCUGCGGGAGCUGCAGCUGGCUGGGCCACCAGCUGGGUUCCACUUGUCUCCCCCGUGCGGAAGACCCUCGGGCGU